AUGACCUGGCUGCUUCAAACCUCCAAUCCACCUGCAACUGCUCAUUCAUUGGCGUCUCAGAGUGCAAUCUCUCAUUACAAUAAGGACAUUGACACCGAAACGGGAGCUUUCUUGCCGGAACUACGCUAUCCCGAUACUUUCAAAACCCUUCACGAAGGUCCUUCGCGUGAUCAUAGAGAUAUCGCUUGGCGACAGGCCAACAUGACGGUCGAGCUGCAAAUAACCAGAGAAAUCAGAAGCCGAGAGAUGCUUGCAACCAAGAUCAGGUCGCAGAUACAGCCUCAAGCGCAGGCUAUACCUGUUGAACCGGCGACUGCACCAAAUGCCGAAUGCAUAGUACGACCCGCUACGCCCGAGGACUUUGAAGCCAUCGCUGCCAUAAUCAACAUGGAAAGCCGGGCAAAAGACAGCCCUCAGAUCAUAGAAUGGAGGGAUGUCACUGCUGCUAGUGUCCAAAAGAUAUACGACAGUUGCCGAGAUAAUCUGCAGCCCUUUGUUGUCGCUACCACAGCUGAGGAUCCUCUGAUUGAUCGUUCCAACUGGCCGGAGAAUGCCACAAAGGCGUAUCAAAGCUACCUCGCAUUCCGCUCAACUCAGGCAAAGGUUCCUCAAGAAAUAUUGGGCUUUGCCUUUGUGGUGGAAGCCAGACAAGGUCUACUCGGAGGCCCAUGCCCUGGAGCCAGACAUACUGGCCAAGCCAAAGUCAUCGUUCAUCCCGACCACCGUGGCAAGCUGUACGGCUCUGCUUUGCUUGACAGAAUUUUACUUUGCACCUCGCCGUUCCACCGAAGAGCAAUAGAGUACGAGUGGCAAUGCCAAGAUACUUCAAAGGUGUAUGAAUCAAUUGCGUGUCAGAAUCGUCGAAAAUACGCCUGGAUCUUUGUCGAAACAUUCUGCGCCGGCACAGAUGAUCCAGCUCUCAAAUUGGCGACCAAGUUUUUGCAGAAAUUUGAGUUCCAAAAAAUGUGCCAUUUACCCAGCGCCGUCAAGACCGACCGUUACUAUGAGAGCCAAUGGCUUGACCUUGUUCUCUGGGCGAGGGAAUCGCAACCUCUCUCUAAUAUCGAGGAUCUUUUUCCAGGCGCCCACAACCUGUAA